AAACCCAUGGCCAAGAUCGACGUCCUCCGUCGACUCCUCCCUUGUCUCACGCCCACAACCGCCUCCUCCUCCUCCUCCACCACACCCACCACCACCACCGCUACUCCCAUCAAGAAACGCCUAAGCACCUCCCUCCGAGACGACCACCUCGACACCGAUACAAAAGAAGACAGAGACUCUCAAGAUUCCACCACAACAAUGGAACUCGAACCGUCUUUGCCAGCCUUCUCGCGCCCUUCCAGGUCCAUGGUGAUAGGCACCAUCUUCGGCCAACGCAAAGGUCAUGUCUGGUUUUGCAUCCAACACGACCGUCUCUCCACAAAACCCUCUCUCCUCCUUGAACUCUCCAUCCCAACUCAACAACUCGUCCAAGAAAUGAGCUCUGGAAUCGUCCGUAUUGCCCUCGAGUGCGACCUAUCCGAACUCAACUCCUGUCCUCUCCACUUGGUCCCCAUUUGGACCAUGCACUGUAAUGGUCGAAAAAUAGGAUUCGCGACGAAAAGAAAAGCCAGCCACCAUAACCGACUUAUGUUAAAGACCAUGCAAUCUACAACAGUUGGAGCGGGGAUGAUACCGGCCGGUUUCGGGUCGUCUGAUUCCGAGGAGAUCAUGUACAUGAGAGCUAAUUAUGAGCAUGUUAUUGGCAACUCUGAUUAUGAGUCGUUUCACCUUGUUAACCCAGAUGAAUGUUCAGGGCAAGAACUAAGCGUCUUCCUUAUGAGGCCAAGGUGAA